CUUAAUCGUCAGACAAGAUGAGUCUCUCUGCAAAGGACAAGGCAACAGUGAAGACCUUCUGGGCCAAGAUCUCUUCCAGUGGCGAGGAAAUCGGCACAGAUGCUCUGUCCAGGAUGCUGGUGGUUUACCCACAGACCAAGACCUACUUCUCCCACUGGAAGGACCUGAGCCCCGGCUCGGCCCCGGUGGUGAAGCACGGGGCCACGGUGAUGGCUGGAGUUGGUGACGCUGUGGCCAAAAUUGACGAUCUGACAUCAGGGCUCCUUAGCCUCAGUGAGCUGCAUGCCUUCACUCUGAGAGUGGACCCCUCCAACUUCAAGAUUCUCUCCCACAACAUCCUUGUGGUUUUGGCCAUCAUGUUCCCCACCGACUUCACUCCUGAGGUCCAUGUGGCCAUGGACAAGUUCCUGGCUGCUGUGGCCCGUGCGCUGUCCGAGAAGUACAGAUGAACAGCAAAUAAAGCAGGAAGCGAUGGACAACAUGGACCCCUUGUUUUGUCUGUU